AGCUUCCUGGAGAUGAUGAAGCACACCGAGCUGCAGGAGGGCAUCAUGGUGCGGUGCAUCCAACGGGUGGACGAGCUGCUGAAGAACAUUCGCCUGGCGGCGAAGAACCUCGAGUCGAAGGAGUUUGAGGAGAAGCUGGAGCGCGCCUCGCGGCUCAUUCGCCGCGACAUUGUCUUUGCGCCCUCGCUCUACACCGUCCAGGACGGCGUGGUCGGCGUCUUUGAGGAGGAGGAGGAGAGCAGGCCGCAGACGGUCGAGGAGGAGGAGGAGGAGGAAGGAAAGUUAGUGGUGGGCGUGACUGAGGGCAAGAAGAAGAAGAAGAAGAAUGCUGAUGAUAACUCGGUGGAAGGAGAUCAGGGAGAGGAAAAGUUUGAUGAGGAUGAUGAAGACGAUGACGACGAAGAUGACGCCCUCUUCACCUACGACUUUGGCGCCGUCAAAGAGGAUGAGGAACUGGAAGGAGGCAAUGGGGGCAAAUUUCAAGAGGAGGAGCAGUUCAACUCGAACUUUCUUUGA